AUGGCUACCCUUCGGUAUGAGCCAGUGGCUGAGAUUGGUGUUGGUGCCUACGGGACGGUGUACAAGGCCCGUGAUCCACACAGUGGCCACUUUGUGGCCCUCAAGAGCGUGAGAGUCCCCAAUGGAGGUGGUGGCGGAGGGGGCCUUCCCAUCAGCACAGUUCGCGAGGUGGCCUUACUGAGGCGGCUGGAGGCUUUUGAGCAUCCCAACGUUGUCCGGCUGAUGGAUGUCUGUGCCACCUCCCGAACUGACCGGGAGACCAGAGUGACCCUGGUGUUUGAGCAUGUGGACCAAGACCUACGGACGUAUCUGGACAAGGCACCCCCACCAGGCUUGCCAGUGGAGACCAUCAAGGAUCUGAUGUGCCAGUUUCUAAGAGGCCUGGAUUUUCUUCAUGCCAAUUGCAUUGUUCAUCGAGACCUGAAGCCAGAGAAUAUUCUGGUGACAAGUGGCGGGACAGUCAAGCUGGCCGACUUUGGCCUGGCCAGAAUCUACAGCUACCAGAUGGCACUUACACCUGUGGUUGUUACGCUCUGGUACCGUGCUCCGGAAGUUCUUCUGCAGUCUGCAUACGCAACACCUGUGGACCUGUGGAGUGUUGGCUGCAUCUUUGCAGAGAUGUUUCGUCGAAAGCCUCUCUUCUGCGGAAACUCUGAAGCUGACCAGUUGGGCAAAAUCUUUGACCUGAUUGGGCUGCCUCCAGAGGAGGAUUGGCCCCGAGAUGUGUCUCUACCCCGAGGAGCCUUCCCCCCCAGAGGGCCCUGCCCCGUGCAGUCGGUGAUACCGGAGAUGGAUAAGUCUGGAGCACAGCUUUUGCUGGAGAUGCUGACUUUUAACCCACACAAGCGGAUCUCUGCCUUCCGAGCCCUGCAGCACCCUUAUCUACAAAAGGAAGACGGUAACCCAGAGUGA